AUGCCAGCCUUUACCGAAGAGAUCACAUCUAUGAUCAACGGUGUCCCUGGCACAGAAAAGUAUCCUUGCAUCUUCCUUGACCCAACAUUGAGCUUUGCCAACAAAAGGUAUGGCGCAGAAGAUAGGAGGAAUACGGCCACCCCAGCUCUGGCCCCAUCUAAGCUUUUGCAAAUUGGCCGAUGUUGCAACUCUGGUGUUCUUCGGCGUUUUGGUGCUAUCCCGACCAGACUGACUGUUGUAACGUCAGCGCGUGAGAUGCCCGACCACAUUUCCAGCAUCAGUGCCGAUCACGUGGCCAAGAUUCCGUUGGUAUUAGCAACAGAAAAGUACAAUCGACAGUUCUGGAAGGUCCUCUUACAUACCAUUGUACCAGGAACGAGGAUGCCAGCUCGAUCUGCUGCUCUUUUUGCUGCUCUCAGUCUGCAGAUGGGGAUUGUGCCACUCAUGAAAGUAGCAGAACAGGAGAUGCUUGCGUUCAAAGACAAAUGGAAUGACCCUGCAGUACCCCAGACAUGGAAUCUCGGAUGCUUGACACUUCUCCUUGCCGCUAAUGAAGCACACCAGAAGCAGCGAGAUAUGGGGUUGAUCAUAGCCCGGUCUCAAAUUUUGAAUCGCACUGACAGAGAUUUAUUUGACCGUCUUGUUACUUAUAAACUUCUAGAAGAGAAUCUCCGCACCUGA